CCGUAUAGCUAACCUAGCCUAUUCAGAGCAGACAUCCAGUAAAUUAACAAAAAAAUUAUUUAAAUGAUUGCAAGAGAUGAAUUUGAUUUGAUAAAGCAGAAUUUCCGCAACUGUUUGCAUGCAACGUGACGCCUGUUUUCAACACCUGUCUAAACAUUUUUUUAAUUUAAGUUGUCGAUCUAGAUUAGCUGGUUCACGUUUGUUUGCAUGAAAAAUUUCCUAGAAAGGACAGUGUCUGGAGAGCCCGUUUUGUGCCGAAUUCGGACCCCCGCCAGAUUUUUACGCCCCUUGAGUGUCCGGUAUAGGUAGGAUUCGGUGUGGUGAUGGGUCUGGGGUUAGAAAUAUGCUGCCUUCACGUGCUAUCAGAAAUUUGAGAUGACGAUUACGAGCUCAUCGUAUUCAAGUUACGAAAUAGAAGGGUGUUCUUGUGCAAGGUGUUUUGUUUUACCUAGGAAACACUAUAAUUCCGAGAAAACGUGAAGGCAGCAUUAGGCAACCAGGUAGCGGCUUAAACAAGGGGGUAAUCAUUUGACAGGGAAGUAAAAUUCAGCAAAACACCUGUGCCGAAUUUCGAGGCUCGACCGCUGUGGAUCAGACAAUGUCAUGGAUAAAUGGCUCAUCGCUGUCUCGUCUGGGUCUAAUAGUGACGUUGGCAGGUGUCGUCUUUCUGAUAGUCAUGUUUUCUUCUUUCUCACCUUCAAAGAAAUGUCCACCUCCACUUAGACCCGCACAAAACAACUGUGUCAAAAGCAAAAGCUCUGUUACUGAUGCAGUAGAAGACAAACCUGUACUUCUGCUGUGGACCUGGCCUGAAAAUUACAGGUUUGACCUGAGUGACUGUAAAAAGUUGUACAAUAUUGAUAACUGUCAGUUGACGGAUGAUAGAUCUCUCUACAGCAAUGCAGACGCUGUUAUGGUUUAUCACAGGGGCAUCAGUUGGGACCUGUCCAACCUUCCUCCAUCUCCUCGUCCUCCGUUCCAGAGGUGGAUUUGGUUACAUUUGGAAUCGCCAACUAACACAAAAAAAAUACCAGGUCUGGAAAACCUGUUCAAUCUCACUCUCAGCUACAGACAGGAUGCGGACAUUCCUGUACGGAUGCACUUGACUCCCAGGAAGAAACCUGAGGAGUUUGUAAUUCCCAAAAAAGACAAACUGGUGUGUUGGAUUGUGAGUAACAACGAUCCUUCAACAGGUGUCAGCGCAAGGAACGUUUUUUACAGAGAAUUCAGCAAAUACAUUGAAGUGCAUAUGUACGGGAGGGCGUAUUCAUCAUUUCUGAAUUAUAACGACUACUAUCCUACUUUGGCGAGCUGCAAGUUUUACCUUGCCUUUGAGAACUCCAUCCACAAGGACUACAUCACGGAGAAGAUCAAUGGGCCGCUUGCUGCAGGUACCGUCCCUGUGGUUUUGGGUCCUCCCAGAAGAAACUAUGAAAACUUUGUUCCUGGCAAUGCAUUUAUUCAUGUGAAUGACUUCCCAGAUGCAAAGUCACUAGCAGAAUAUCUGCUUCGGCUGGACAAAGAUGACGAAGCAUAUGGCAAGUUCUUUACCUGGAGGAAACAUCUCACUCCAACUCCUCAUUUAAUACUACAGAACCAAGAGUUUGUUCUGGCUAUCUGCACUGCCUGUGACUAUAUAGCAAGACACAGAGAAUAUAAAGAAGCUCAUGAUAUUUAUGAAUGGUAUUUCAAUUAAAAUCACCACAGAUUGUGGAGUUAGUUACAAAGUUAUUGAUUUUGUUACAAAUAUAUUUCUAAUAAACAUUUCUGAAGGGUUUUAUGACUGA